GAGUUGUUCGAACAACUUCAAUGGCCGUCGAGCUCACUUGGCACCCUCCGGAAAGCGCCGCGGCGGUGCUGGAUUAUGAGGUUCGGUGGGAGGAGGAGGAGGCGGCGACUUCACCAGAAGAGGGUGCCGAAGAACAACGGGUGCGAACAACCCAGACCAUGACAAGGAUUUUGGGUUUGAGGCCAUCUACACGAUACGUCUGCCAAGUCCGGGCUCUCAAUUCCUGCGGCUGGUCCCGUUGGUCGGUUCGUGUUCCAUGCCGAACCGACGUUUGCAGGGAUGCGGCUUGGCAGGACACGAAGGAUGCAGGUGCUGCAGGGGAACAGGAAAACAAGGACACCCUCGAUGUCUCCAGCAAGCCGCUGGAAAGUAUUGCCAAAGCCUGGCAAUUCAGCUCGGCUGCCGAGUGCAUGCCAUUGCCGAGUGCGCGCCCGCACCCGGUUCCGAGACUGGAACAUGACAACACCUCGUGGAGUGUUAGACAACGCUUGCUGAAACAUGUGCUUUCCCCCGCGCGCUUUUCCCAUGCAAGCGAAGUGGAAGCAGAGAAGCGGGAGGACGAACUGCAACUUGCUGUUGCGUAG